GAGGGCCAAAAAUCAAAAAUAAAAUUUUCGAUGAGUUUUCGAUUAAUAUCUCGAAAACGCCAUUAUCGAUUUGCUUCAUUUUUUGAUAUGUUAUAGCUGACCAUAUUAUCUAGCUCCAUGCCAAAAAUGAAGAAAAUCUAUGCCUCCGUUCUCGAGAUAUAGCUUUCCAAAGUUGGCAUGUCAUAUCUCGGGUUCUACAAGUCCGAUUUUGAUCAACUCAAUUGCAAAUGAAAGGUUUCGUGAAGCCCUACAAAUGUCUAGAACAUUGCAAGUUCGAGAAAUGACCGCGAGAGGCGCUAAAGUCAAAAUCAGUAUUUUCGAAAAUUUCGAACUCGAAUAUUUCGAAAAUGCCAUUAUCGAUUUACUUCAUAUUUUAAUAUAUUAUAGUUGAGGUUAAGACCUUUCCAACGAUAGCUCAAACUCGAAAAUCUAUGGAGCCGUUCCCGAGAUAUGGCGUUUUAAAGAUUUCUUGGGGGAUGACUUUUCAACUUUUCCCGACUUUGCAUGUAUUUAAACAAAUUCGCGUUGUAGUUUGCUCUCACAAAAUUGGUACACUGAAAGAAACACAGCUCUCGUAAGCUUGGUCAGCUUACCCGUACAUUUCCCAUUAAAAGUAUCACUACACUCAGUUAGGAGUAAUAAGUUUGUCUUAAUUGCUCUUUACGCUGUAAAAACUUUGAGCUACAAUAAAUUUCUUUCAGCUUGCUUUCUAUCAAGCUUUACAUUUUGACUCCACCAUUUGGACAAAGAUUGAAGGAAUCUCAGUGGUACUACAUUAUCAGAAAUCGGGUCAAACCAAAUUAGACAAAUGGAAGCUAUUUAUCUUCCUUGCUAAAAAAAUGUAUUUUUUUGUGCCAUUCCAUGGGCAAUACAAUUUAUUUUUUUUUAGAUAAGAAAAGGACCGAAAGGACAAUAAAAAUGUAUGUGGAAAAUUUGACAAUUUUUACAUCUCUAUCAAACUAUUUUUUACAGCGUCUGCAGGGAGCAAAAUGAAAUCCGUUUAGGAGUUAUUGGUUUUGUCAUUCAUGUCAGAUUAUGCGUCGUAAAAUAAACACCAUUGGUGGUUGCAGGAGAUGAUUGGGUGUCAAUGGGUGGGUGAUCCUUUUCAUCCCUGCUGAGCACCGUGGUAUAUGCUCUCAAAAAGUCACCAAGGCGGCUCGACACACUGUCGCGACAUUUUCAACCCUCCGCACACACACCUCGUUUACUGUCGCGUAUGCUCAGUUGGUGUUCUUGAAAAUUUCCAAGGGUUCCCCCCUUCCUUUAACCCUUGUGGAGGAACUAAAUCGACCAUACCCGCAGGUAGUUACGGCCCAUUGAGGCAUUGUUUUAAAUUAACACCUAAAGGGAGGAGAAUAAAAUUUAAUUUAUUGGGUCAUUUCCUCAGUGUGACCACGAAGGGGAAAGUGAUCCGCUCUCUCUGACACAUCAGGGUACUGUGAGCAAAAAAAAAGAAGUGGUGGAGCUUUUUUCUCCGAGAGAAAGAGAGAAAGAGAGACGCCCUCGCAAGGCAAAAAAAAAGCUCACAGAGCGUCAAUGUGGCGAAUACAAAUUGGUGUAGAGAACAGGAAGGAAACACAAGCUAGAAAAGUCCUCGAUGGUGGUGGUGAGUCUAAAUCUAGACCCCGCAUCACCCCCAGAUUGCCUGCGAUGCCGAGGGUAGAAAGCUCUGGUGGUUGCUGGAGUUCAGUUCACUUUCAGCCAGGCUCGUGUUACGAGGUGAAUGCGGAGGUGAAGGAGGAACAAAAAGAGCAAGACAACCACUGAUAAGGGAGCACGGGUGUGUGAUUUCGUCAACCCUCCCGCCCCCGCUAUUUACCCCCGUUUUCUCCCCCACAUAGCUCGUGGAUUUUGAUGAUUAGAGCAAUUCUCACUUUGGAGCAUUAGAGAAGGGAAAAAAAGCUCCUUGGGAGUGUAUGGCGUUUCAUGGUCAAAAGUUGUUGCUCAUAAGUGAAGAAAAUUGAUGGUGGCAAAGUUGCGUGGAAGACAAGCUUAGUUUCACUUUCAGUACGCCCGAGAGACAUUGCGGAAAUGCAACACGUUGGGUUGCACACUGUGUGUAGAUAUCAAUGGAAUUUCUAAUGUGCGCCUACCGCUUUCCACCAGCUAUUCUGCCCCUACAGCUGGGAGCUUUGAGCCCCUAGGAGGAGCAAGUUUCGAGAAAAAAAAGUGAUGAGAAAAACUUGAGGGUGACUCUUUGUGGAAGUUUUUGUGCGGUGUUCGCAAGUGCUAUGAGACAUUUUACUAGUGGGUGGACUCCCUGACAUUGUUACAUAACAAACCGUCCCCCCUCAUAAGCAAAAAUUCAGCAAGAAUUCAAACUACACGGUGGACUUGAUGAGAAUUUAUUGUGAGUGUUUGGGAAUUUGGGAUAGAUACAAGUGCAGUGGAAGUAAAUAAAUAAGGAAGAAAUUUAGGAAAGUCUUUUUGGACACUGAUAGGAGUAGGAAUUUGGCUCUAAGUACCUUGGAAAGUUGCCAGGAGGCAGGUGUGCAUAUCAAAUACGGAAAGAUUCUCAUUGAUUUGUGGAGCACAUCAAAUGAAAAGAAUUUAUAAGUUCUUUAUGGACUUUGCCGAGUUUCUCUGACUAUACGGUUUCAUUCCUUGAACCAGAAACCGUUACAGAUGUGAAAAUUUAAACAGUGAAAUCGAGAAACUUGAAGAUCUAACAUGAUAUAAAGAGAAUCUGGAAAUAUUCAACCUUAACUUUUAAAAGAAUUUUUAAGAAAGUCAGAGCAGACAACUAGAAAAUUGUUUUGAGUCUUGCACGUUCAGAUUUUGCUUAGUAUCAAAAUUCAAAUUGAACGCUGUUUCUAGGAGCAUUAUUAUGGUUCAAACACUUUGAAUCUAGAAGUUAUCUACACAAACAUUUCAUCUAAAAUUAUAAGGCAUAGAAUAAUAAAGAAAACAGAAAUGAAGUUCCACACUUAAACUGCUGGUUUGCUAAAAACGAAAAGGAUAAAAGCUCUAGAGCUUUAGAAUAUACUAGCUAGAACUUAUAAACUCAUAGCUAAUAACCUAGCUUGAUAAUUUACCUUUAACUAGAAAGCAGGAGUUGCUAAUAAAUCUACUAAAGGAUUCCUAGAUAAAAAUCGGAAAUUCAAGGAUUCUCUAAAAAAAAAAACGAUAAGACCUUGAUGUACUCUAAACCAAGACUAAAGAUCUGAGGAAAAAAAACCUAGAAUUCUGGCAUUAAAAGAAAAUCUGGAAGCUCCUUUCUCAGUUUGGAUGCAAAACCAUCCUAGCAUCGAUAUUUCAUCUUGGUGUUUGGGAUCCGUGGUAGUCUUAAUUAGCGCAGAAGGUGCGCACGUACUCAAAGGAAAAUCCUUCGAAUGGGGGCACCCAGUACAGGAGCAGAGUCCCUACAAUGCUGCGGGCGGGAUGGUGGACACCAGGUGCAGCAUGUGCCCGAUGCCGAGGCGAACAACAAUAGGCCCGUGGAUGAGCAAGAGCAGGAGGAUCAACGCAACAACAAUGAGCUACUAAAUAACAAUCACAUCUAUCUCAAUCCCUACUUUGAGAGCUUCUACACAUUCAUCGAUGAGACACAGACCACGCUCCCAAUCACCGAGGCUACCAACACACCGCUCACGAAUCGAUCUCUCCUGAGCACCGCUGAUCUUAGCAUCGCAAACGCAAGAGAUAUUAAUAGCAACACGCCAUUAGAGCCAAUUCGGUGCAAUAGGGCGAAGGACAAAAUUAGACUGUUGAAGGAGAAAUUUGUGAAGGGCAAGAGGCAGAAGCGCGACGAUAGACCCACUAACCCAUUGCCCGGUGAUCUGUGUGCGAAGAAAAGUAAGCAAAGUGUUAAGGUGAAAAGGAAGGACGCAGUGCCGGCCAGAAUGCGCGGUGCAUCAGGACGUGGUGGUGAUUCCGAUCCACUAAUGCGUCGUCCACGUCGACGGAUUGCCGACAAGUCGCCCAAGAAGUCUCUACCCAAAUUGAGCAGUCAGGAUGAAGAAGGGGGGGCUGGACAUGGGUUUGGGGGAGCUCAUGCCCAUUUUGAGCCAAUUCCGCACGAUCACGACUUCUGCGAAAGAGUUGUAAUAAAUGUGAGUGGCUUACGGUUUGAAACUCAGCUUCGGACGCUAAAUCAAUUUCCGGAUACUCUGCUGGGGGAUCCAGCGCGAAGACUACGAUACUUUGAUCCUCUACGGAAUGAAUAUUUUUUCGACCGGAAUCGACCGAGUUUCGAUGCAAUCCUGUAUUACUAUCAGAGCGGUAGUGGUCGCUUACGAAGGCCGGUGAAUGUACCUUUAGACGUAUUUAGUGAAGAAAUUAAAUUUUACGAAUUAGGCGAGCAGGCCACAAAUAAAUUCAGAGAGGAUGAAGGCUUUAUUAAGGAAGAGGAGAAACCAUUGCCGACGAAUGAGAACCAAAGAAAAGUCUGGCUAUUAUUUGAGUAUCCGGAAAGUUCGCAGGCAGCCAGGGUUGUAGCCAUAAUUAGUGUAUUUGUUAUACUUCUAUCAAUUGUUAUAUUUUGUCUAGAAACUCUACCCGAAUUUAAACAUUACAAGGUGUUCAAUACAACAACAAAUGGCACAAAGAUUGAGGAGGAUGAGGUACCUGAUAUCACAGAUCCUUUCUUCCUCAUAGAAACAAUAUGUAUUAUAUGGUUUACAUUCGAACUUAGCGUGAGAUUUCUUGCUUGUCCGAAUAAGUUAAAUUUCUGCAGGGAUGUUAUGAAUGUAAUCGACAUAAUCGCAAUCAUUCCUUAUUUCAUUACACUGGCGACGGUAGUUGCCGAAGAGGAGGACACGAUGAACCUCCCGCGGGCCCCUGUUAGUCCACAGGACAAGUCAACGAAUCAGGCUAUGUCCUUGGCAAUACUCCGAGUGAUACGUUUAGUUCGAGUGUUUCGAAUAUUUAAGUUAUCUAGGCAUUCAAAAGGAUUACAAAUUUUAGGAAGAACAUUAAAAGCGUCAAUGCGAGAAUUAGGCUUACUUAUAUUUUUCUUAUUCAUAGGCGUUGUACUCUUCUCAUCGGCGGUAUAUUUUGCGGAAGCUGGAAGCGAAAAUUCCUUCUUCAAGUCUAUACCAGAUGCAUUUUGGUGGGCUGUGGUUACCAUGACUACAGUAGGAUAUGGUGACAUGACACCUGUCGGUGUGUGGGGUAAAAUUGUGGGAUCAUUAUGUGCCAUUGCUGGUGUAUUGACUAUUGCACUUCCGGUACCAGUUAUUGUCAGCAACUUCAAUUACUUUUACCAUAGAGAAACGGAUCAAGAGGAGAUGCAGAGCCAAAACUUUAAUCACGUUACUAGCUGUCCAUAUUUACCUGGAACUUUGGGACAACACCUGAAGAAAUCAUCUCUGUCCGAAUCCUCAUCGGAUAUGAUGGAUUUGGAGGAUGGCGUCGAAGCCACGCCGGGCUUACUGUCUGACCCGCAGGCGCGAUUAGCUCCGUUUUUGGGGGCGCACACGAUAACGGAGAAGCAGCAGCAGCAGAAUUGCUGCAAACAGCCAGCGACUGGGCAACGCCACAAUAGCGCACUCGCUUGAAAAAGACAGUUCGUGCCAUUUUCUGGCCAUGUGAAGUAUUUCGUUGGCUGCCCGAGUCGCCCAAAGCAGUCUAAGAACGUCUCACAAACCGCAAUCGUUCUCAUGAUUAUCAUCAUAGACAAGAAAGAUUAAGCAAAAAACUAAAAAAAAAAAUAAAAUCACAUUACUGGAGAUGGAAACGAGGAUUAACUACAAAUGUGAAAUAAACAAUAGACAAACAAAAUAUUUAAUUGUAAUAAAGUUAGAUAAAUUAAAUUGCUGGAGUGAAGAGAAAAGGAAUAAAUGAAAAAAAAAAAUUCGAAGAAUGCUCAGCAUUCGUCGCCAUCUCAUUUUUAUUAAAUAAAGUGAAGAUGAUAACUAAUGUGAGAAAAAGUAUGAGAAAAUUGAUUAAAAAAAAUAAUAUUAUGGAUUGUUGUGAAGCCAAAAAGAUGUUAUUAGAAAAAAAAAGAAAUGUUGUAUUCUUUGUGUUCCUAUAAAGAGAUAUCCCUUUAUAAUGUCCCCCGUUUAAGUGAAGAGAAAGUAAAUAAUUUUGUAUAAAAAAGUGUAAUAAAAAUGCGACUUAGGCAGAGAUAGAUAAAAAAAAUAAUUAAAAAAAUUGUUAGUAUUUGUUCUGAAUUUUAAAAUUUUACUUUUUUUUCUCGUUUUUACAGCCUAGUUUUAUUUCCCGAAUAAAGAAAAUUUCGUUAAAGCAUGAGUUUGUUGGGUUUGAUACUUGAUUUCUUUUUCAAAAGUAGUUUUAAAAACUUUUAUUAAAAAAAAGAUAAAUUUUUAAAAUUAUUUCCAUCACAAAACGGCCGAAAACAACACGUAAAAAAUAAAUUUAGAAUUUUUUAAUUCAUAUCCGAUGCAUAAAAAAACUGCCGAAAUAAAUAUUAAGGAUUAAAGAAAAGAGAAAGAACUAUAGAAUGAUGAAAAAAACUUACAAAAAAUAAGUUUAUAAAAGAACAAAGAGUGAAAAAACAUCAAACAAAAUAAAGAGAAAUGACUUUAAAAAAAAAAUGCGUAUAAAUAGGAUGCUAAUUGAAUUCUGUAUAAUUUCUUUUUUAAGGGAAUUUAACAAAUUUUAAGACAUAAGAUGUGUAGAAUAUAUUACAAAAUUCCAAAUUAAAUAAAUGAAAUGAAAAAAAUAAAUAAAUUAUACAAAUUGAGGUGGUGUAUCCUGAUUAGAAUAUGAAGUCAAAAAAAAUAUAUGAGAAAAAACCAUGAAAAGAAGGAACAUGAAAAAAAACUUAAAGAAAUCGUGAUGCUAAAUUUUUUAAUAAAUUUGAAUUAUUUAUUAGAAUGCUUAAAAAAAAGUAAUCUUACAGAGAGAAAGAAAAAAAUUUAUUAAAUUAUACGAUUAUUGAGAAAAUUUAUAACAAAGAAAAAGAGAUGAAAAAAGUGAAAUAAUAAGUAUUAUAAACAAAAAAAUAAAAAUUAUAAAGAAAAUAUUGCAUACUAAACAAAUCUUAUUAACAAUUAAAAGAAAAAAAUCAAUGCGCUGAAAAUCUUCUUAAAAAAGCAUUCACGUAAAUAAACAUUAAAAGGAAUGAAGAAGUUACAGAAUUAAAUAAAUUUAUAUUGAUUAAAAUCAAUUACAAAUCGAGUUAACGAACAUUUUAAAAGAGAUAAAGUCAUGAUCAAUCCAGUAAGAAUUCUUUUUAAUUAUUCUUUACUUUUAUUUCAACUUGCGAAAGAAUUUUCGCCAACGAUAGGGGCUAUAGAAAAGGGUGAAAAAAAAUCUUUCAGACUUUAACGUGUGAGAUAAAAAAAAGCAAUUUAUAAUUUCAAAAAUUGAUUAAAAAAUGAAACUGAUGACGAUUGGGGAGGUAAUUUAUAAAAGCUGAAAGACUCAACAUAUGCAUAUCAUGAAUUAAAAAAAAAGAAAUACUAAAUUAUUUAAAAAACAAAAUAAACGAGAAAAAUUCUCUAAUUUACGCUGGACGAUUAAAUAUGUAUUUUAGAAGAAGAAAAAUUUAGUGAGCGCCGUAUGCAUUUUUGGAUAGAUACGCCAAAAUAUUAAAAAAAAUGGAAUUCAUAGCCCUGCGGCUUAAUUACACACAGCAAAAAUAACCCUAAUCCAAAAUACUUGAAUUUUGUAAGGUAUGUGCAAGAACCUCCUAAAUUCACAAUAGAGAAAAAAUCCAUUUUGAGAACAUUCUCCCCCCUUUUAAGAGAUAAUGCGCAGAGAAAAUUCAAAAUGCCAGUAGAGAUCUCCCUUCUGGAGCAAAAUAAAAAUCAAUAUUAGAGCACGUUGAGCCCAAAAGUUUUCUGUUCAAUCCACCCAAAAAUAGAACCAUUCAUCAAUAUCGAAUGAGUUUGAGUGAGAUGCCUAUUUUUAGAUAUCAUUUUCAUUAAUAUAAGAUUAAGGAGAUGAGAAAAACAAUAAUAUGCUUCUAUGUUUUUGAAACAUAUCAUUGCCAAAGAGAUGAAAAUGCUCACAAAAAUCGACAAAUGAAAGCAUCCUCGUGAGGGCACUUCUUUUGCGUUUGCACCACGAAACAUACGUUCUAAUUUUAAAAGGAAACACAAGACGAUAGACAUGAGAAGCGUUGUAGAAUAUUUAUUAUUAUAGUAGAAUUUAUAAAGACAGUGCUUUUGAGAUUAAAAUUCUAUUUUCAGCUGCUUCUCAGCAUGAGAAGAAUUUCCAUUAAUUCAAAAUUCAAUCAUUUUUUUUAUUAUUUAAUAUAGUAUUAUGGCGAUAUUUAUGUAGAAAGUUCAGCGACAGAUGGAUACAAAUUGACAAAAGUUGUUAUUGAACUUAACAGCUGUCUGUGCGUCAUCGAUAUGUGUGCAAUGUAUACACAUUGGUGUCCUAGCUGUUAUUUUAACGAUUGUUAAUGUGAUAAUAUGUAAUCUGACAGCUUUGACUUUGACAGUGGUUUAUUUGACAGCUUAAUGUCUGAUAGAGUUGACAGUUGUCUUUUUGACAGUUUGUUAAACGUUUACCUUCUAUCGUAUCAAAUCUAAGAAAUGUCUCGAGCAAAAUUAAGAUCAAUUCCGAAAACAUUUUGACAAACACAAUUUUCAACUUUGUAAGAUUUUAGGAAAAUAAAAUAAACUAACAAAAGUUUAUAGUUCCUAAAAACUCUUUUUUGUUAUUUUACUGUCAGUUUUACUACAAAAAGACAAAAUUUACAAUUUGAUGUAAAAAGUAGCAUUUUUUCUGUCAAAAUUUCACGAAUUCUUUUUAUAAAUAUUUUUGCCAGCUGUCAUUAACAUUCAAGGAUCUACUGGAUUUGAAUACUUUUCCUCUCUUAAUACAAAGAUACAAGAAAAAUAAUAUUUACUACAUAGUACGGUUUCAUAACCAACUGUUAGACAGUUGUGUUUUUGACAUUUGUACAACAUUCAACUGUCACUUUUUUCCUAAAAGAUAUAAUCUUGUCUAAACGGUAGAAAAUAAUAUCUUCUAAGAGAUAAUCUCCAGUAGAGCCUUGUAAUGAAUUAAAAAAAAAUUUUUGCAGUAUUUAACGAAUUAUAACGUUUCUAUUUUCUGUCAUUGUGACAGCUUCCUUGACAAUUUUGACAAUCUAAGAAACUGUCAUUUUGACAGAUGAUCGAUCGGAUUUUUCAAUUUACUUUCUACGCCCUCUCAAGUAAUUUAUUUUAAAAGAAUAUUUAAAAAAUUGCGAGAACUGUCAGAAAUCUCUGCAAAAUAUCGCCAUUAUAUUAUUCUAUUAAAAUUUAAAUUGAUUUUCCUCGAAGAAUUGAAGAAAGACUAAAAGAAAUUCAGCGAACGACAUGAAAGGGCAGUAAAGGAAAUCGCUGGAGGACGCUAGAGAAUAAAUCGUGAAAGGACAUUUAUUUUAAGAGAUGAAGGCAGGAAAUUUUUACUACAUUGACAUUUCUCUCCCGCCCUGCUUUAAAAAAAAAUAACAGAAAAAUAUCCUUAUUUAUGAUUUUCUUCUCUCCCUCACAAAGUUUUCCCCAUACUGUGUAGAUAAAUAACUUCAAUUUAUCCCCCCAUCGCCAAUAGAGUCAAUGAAAAAAAAUGUAAAUAGAAGAGGUUCUCUAUGUAGUUUGAUAUAACUUUAAGCCCCCUCAAUUGAUAAAUCUCCAAAAUAUUGUGAGUGUCUGUAGAUGAUAUAAUGGGAUUGCAGCAGAAAGUUUCUUUCAAACGAAGAAUGACAUUUUUUUCUCAUUUCAUCUCCUCGUUCAUCCUUGUAGGACUUUCUUUCCUUUUGAAAUCUUCCUCAUAUAGUUGCCGGAAUAAAUGGCCCAUACGUAGAUAGAAAAGAGAAACCUUCUCAAGUGAAAAAAUAAAUAAAUAAAUAUAUGAGAAGGAAAUUCUAUACAAAAAAAAGCAGAACUUACUAAAGGUGAGAAAAAACUAAUGUACUGGUCACAAUAACAGCGCAGUAUAUUAAUAAAAGAGUCAGUACAAAGUGUACAUAUAGAGAAAGUUAUUUGCUAUUUGAUAUAGCAAGAUAAAAAGGUAUUAGAAGAAAAUGUGAAGCGUGAAAGCUCGCAAUGUUCAAAGCUCAGUAAAAAAAAACGUGAAGAAACCGAGAGAGAGUGAAAAAAAAAUAACCAAAUACCAUGUCUUAUGAAUACAAAUUAAAUUAAAUUAUUAAGAUUAAUUAAAUUAAGAGAGAAAAUUCCUUUACCGAAUUUUAUUCCCCAUACUUUUGUCCCUAAGGCAAUAUUUUUUAUUUAUGAAAAUCAUCUAAAAUGUACAUAAAUAGCAUCAAGAAUUCUCAUUUUAUCAUUUUCAUUGCCAUGGUGUUUGCAAAACAAAAGCCAUAUUUUUAAAUUGUUUUUGUUUUUAAAUAUAAAACCUUUAAUUUUUCCAAAAGUCAGUAAAAACAUUUUAGUAAGAAAAAAGAUAUUUAAAAAAAAAUAAUAUUCUGAGACAGAGAGGAAAUCCUGUUAUGUAAAAUAUGUGAAAUAUUGUGAAAAAAGAGAACCGUCCGCAAAUCAUGCACUACUUAUACCUUAUUGAUUGUCUCUUGAAUUAAUAAUUUCUUUAAUAUUUUUUGGAUUUUUUGUUGUUUAAAGGCGCUCGGCUUCUUGCACUCUAAUCGUCUCUUAUUAUCUACUUUAUUUUAAAGAAAAAAAUCUUUUUUAAUAGCAAAUCUCAUCUUUCUAAAUCCUCUUUAAAAAUCCUCAAAAUCCUAUACCAAGAUUUUGAAUAAUUUCCAAAAAAAUAUAAAGAAAAAUAAUAAAAAAAAAAACCGAAAAAAAAUAUUUCUAAUAUUUUCUUUGAGAUUUAAUUUAUUUUAGUAAUUACUUUUCAAAAAAAAACUUUGCACAACUAUAUAGAAUUUGUCUUGGUGUAGGAUCUUCAAAAUAAACAUGCACACAUCAUGAUGUAAAUACUGAAUUCAUUAAGAAGAAAAUCAUUAUCAUAAAGUACAAUUUAAAGAUAGUGAAAUAUCAGUUUCAUUGGACUUUUUUGUACCAUAUAUUUCAUAAAUAUAUUAAAAACAAAAGAAAAUUUCUUUACCCCAUAAUUCGUGUGUAAAUAGUAAAAAAAAAAUUUUAUAUAGAACUCGGCCUCGAAAAGUUUUUGCCAGAUUUAAAUGGAGGAAAAGUUUUAAAACAAAUCGAAUUUUUCCUUAGCUUCUCAUUGCACCAUUCAUUACCAAAAAAAGUAAAACCAAACAAUAUUCAAACUAUGUGAAUAAAAAAAUAUUUUAUAAAAAUAAAACUCUCUAAUGCUUUGCAGAAGAUCUUAAUCUUUAUACAUAACCAACCACGAGAAGCAAGUGAAAGACCAUUUUUUGAAGAAUUUUUAUUAAAUUUUUCUAAAGGUUAUAUUUUAUUUCAAUUUGAAAAAAAAAAACAAAUUAUUUUGAAAAAUGGUAAGUUUUUUGAAAAAUUCUUAAAAGUAAAGAUGAUGGUCCAAUGUACGAUUUCAUUUUUUUUUAUUUAUAAAAUUAAUCAAUUCGGAAAAUAAAAAAAAAAGAUUUAUGCAAAAAUAUAAAUAAACAAUAUGUUUUGUGAGAUAUAAAACUGAAAAUUCUGAAAAAUAAACUUCAAUGUCAUAUAAAAAAAUUAACUAUUAUCGAAAUAUCUUACCAUUUAUUCAAAAUAAUUUACCAAAAUAAUUAAUUUUUAAUCAUUUUGAUCAUAUUGCAAGUCAGAUUAAAAAAAAGACUAUCACAUCGUGAAUUAAAGGCUUUUGUUAUAAAAAGUGCUUUAAUAUAAAAAAAAUGGAGAAUAAAAGUAAAUCCAAAAACUAAUGCAAAACUUUUUUGUUUAUGUUAGGUUUCCUGAGAACAAUGCAAGAUUUCACAAAAAAAUUAUUUAUUACAUUUCGCACAUUUUCUUUUUUAAUUAUUUUAUAAAUUUUUAAUCAUGAAAUAAUCUUAAUUUUUUUAUCAAUUCUUUUUUUUAUUCUUUAACUAGGGUAAUGUAUUUCUCAAACUAAAAGCUCCUGCCAUUUUAGAAAGUAAUCGAAGUGAGUAAAUAAAGUAAAUUAAAGAUAAAAAAUAUUGAAAUUUGUUAAAAAUGACAUUAUUCUUUCUAUUCAAAUAAAAAAAAUACAAAAGGGAAAACUAGAAAGUCAGUGGACGGAAUUAUAGAAAAAAAAUCCCAUUAGUCAGAAAAAUGUAGAAAAAUCCAUAAAAAUAAUUUCAUUUAAUUUAAAUUACAAAAAGGACAUUAAAGAAUAACUGAAAGGAGUACUGAAGAAAAUUAUUCUUAGUAAAUUCACCGGUAAAGGACAAGAAAAGCGCUAGCCUAGGAAAUUAAUCUGCAAAUCUUGACUGCAACCAAAUAAACGAAUAAUAGAAAAUUUACAAAAAAAAUAUUAUUAUAUUUGUGAAGUAAAUAAUGAAAAAAAUCGUUUCCAAUUACCAUCAUUAUGUGUAAUAAGAGAGUAUAAAAAAAGAGUCAAAUGAGAAAUCUUCCUUGCCGUAGAGUAGAUAAAAUGAAAUUGAGAGAGAAAACCCAGAAAAUUUAAAUAGUUAAAUAAAUUAAAAAAAAGGAAAAAAGCGAAGAAUAAAGAAAAUAUUAGGAAUUACAAUAGAAAAUUAAUUAAUUGCAAUUAUAAAUCUGUAAAUUGACGCUAUAGAAGCUAAGGUGAAGAACACGUGCGCAAGAAGUUUUCCGUAGGCGGAGGAUGAAAUUUCUUCUUUUCAGGCAGAAAAAAUAAUAUCAAUUUAGCCUUCAACUUCCCCCUUUUCUUCCUUUUUACGACCAAACACAUGAGAAAGCAUCUUUAAAAAAAUACAAAAUACAUAAUACACACUUUUAAAAAUAACUUCGAAAACAUCUUUGCAGAGAGAUUUUAGUGAGCAUAAAAAAGCAUAACAGUGAAGAGGCCUGAGUAUGAUUUUUCUUUAUAAAAAUUAAAUUUUUCACAAAGAUAAUUAAUAAAAAAUUUGUUGCCCUAUAAUUUAAAGAAAAUCUCUGUUUUUUGCCAUUUGUUCCUUAAUUUUAAUUUUAUUAUUAAAACAUAAUAAAUAAAUUUUCCUCAAAGACAGAGCUUUUAUCAUUACAUGAACAAAGUGAAAAAUUAUGGAGCAACUUUAAAUAAAAUGAAAAAUUUUGUCAUAAUCAAAAGAUGAAGAAAAAAUAGUAAAAAAAAAUCUAAGGAGAAAUCUAAAACAUAUUGAGCCAUUAUUAAGUCUAAAAAUAUCUGCAAGACAUUCUAUGAAAAAAAAAAAACUUAAGUAAAAAUAUUGCGAACCACUGAUGAAAAUUUUUACAAUAGACACAAGUUGUAAAAUAAUAAUUUUGCUAUUUUAUCAAUGAUAAAAUUACAAAAAAAUCAUUAAAUUUCAUCUCAUAAAAUCUUUAAAAAAAAAAGUAAAUAAAGUUCAUAAAACAUAAAAAUAUCAUGAUUUCCUAUAAAAAAAUAUGAUGACAGAAACGAUAUAAAAUAAUCUGAUUACAUUAUUUUAUAAUAAAUAAAUAACAAAUGCUAUAGAUUUCUUAUUGAAGUCAUCGAAAAUCGAAGAUUAAAAAACAUCAGGAAAAGGAUCAGCAACACUAUCAUUCAAUCAACAGAAAAAAAUAAGAUGAAAGGAUGCACCAAAUUUAGAAGAAGAAAAAAAUUAAGAUCAACUCAGCGAGAGUUACUAGGGCUUCAAACAAAGUUUUAAAAAAAAAUUCUCAAUUAUUUUAUUUUUAAUUCUGGAUUCCCCACAAAAAAUCUAAUAAUUAAAAAUGCAUUCAUUGGAAGAUAACCUACAUUAGCUAGCUUCAAAAAGGUUUAGUUUUUCUUACACAAAAUAAUAAAAAUUACACCAUCAAUCGUUUUAUUUUAAAAUUAUUAUUAAAUGAUUUUCUUUUCACUUUCCAUCACUUUUAAAAUUUUACCUUUCAAUUGAGAAGCAAAGAGAAGCAUCUUUUCUUUUCAUUAAAAUAAUAAAUAAAAAGAAAUAAUAAUAUUGGACAUAUUUUCUUCAAAACGGACAUAUCGAACAAAUCUAAAUUUUAUCCAUAAUCGAUUGACGUUGAAAAAUUGUUGAAAAAAAAACGAAAAUACUCAAACAAAUUGUAAAAUGUGAAGAAAAAUAAUUAGGCAAUGAGGAAAAAAACCCAAAAAUAUGUCUGUGUAGAAAUAAAUUGAGGAAAAAAUUUCAAAUUGAAGACAGAAAUUGACACGCCAAAUAUAAUUUGUCUUUAAAAGAUAAAUUUUAGAGAUAAUAUUGAGAAAAAAAAAUUAAUGAAAACAAAGACAUAUGAGCGAUUAAUAAAAUCGAACGAACCAAUUUAAUUCCCUAAGAGAUCGAAAAUUAUUUUAAAAAUUUUUGUUUGUGAAAUGAAGAAAAUAUUAAAAAAUAAAAAGAAGCUUUUCCAUCCUCAUGAUUAAAUCAUGUGUUUUUAGUUUCUUCUCUCAGAGAUAAAAGCGUGAGAAUCCUUACAAAAUAAGGAAAUUAUUUAAAAAAAAAUCUUAGGAUAUUAUUGUAGAUAAAAAUUCGAUGUUUCUCUCUAAAUGUACACAGAAUAGAAGGUACUGUUGUUGAAAUCCUAAUAAUUUUUUUUGUCAUUGCGAUAUCAAUAGAUGGUAUUAAGAAGUAGUCAGAGAGCCAUAUUUUUUGCAACAGAAAAUAUUUUUAUUUUCAAAUCAUUUCGAAAAAUCAAUUCAAUUGUCCUUAAUUCACAAAAUUCUAGUUCUUCCCUUCCUGAGCCCCUUGACAAUGGAAAAGCAAACAGAGUUUAUCUAAACACAAAAAAAGGAAAUCUCUUAACUCUUCUUAAACAUCUCAUCGUACACUCUUGCUGAAAAAAAAAUGAGAAAAAUAAUAAAUGAAAUGAAUGUAUAAUUAUAGGAUGAAAAAAAUGACUUGUAAAUUGAUAACAGAUUUAAUAUUGUAACAAAAUAAAAGAAAUCAGACUGACAUCCUAUAAACGAAAAAAAAAUAAAUGUAUGAUUACAUUUGGUGUGAACCCAUUCAUGAAACCAAGUGAGAACGCGGCAAAGGCUUAGUGAAAGCACUUAAGGACGAUGGAGACAAAACCAAAAAAAGGGAAUGAAGAAAGUUGAAUGAAUGGUAUAGGAUAUGUACCUACUAUUAAAUAAUUUUAAACAAAAAAAAAUGAGAAAUUAUUAUACGCAUAAAAGAAUUAAAAAAAAGAAAGAAAAAUACAUGAAUCAUUGAAGAACAAUGCGCCAGAUAUGCAAGAAAAUAUAUUUAAAAAACCCAUAAAAAUAUUAUAAAUAAAAAAAAACUUUAAAAAUAAUGACGUUGUUAAGAUUAUAAAAUGUUUUAUAACCGUUAAAUAGUCGCUGCGAAUAAAUCAAUCCACACAUUCCUCCAGAAAAAAUUACAAAAAGAA